GUCCAGGGUAACCCUGCUUGUGAGGAGCAGGUGACAAGGGGGGUCAGAAGACUGCAUGUGGGGGACACUGACAUUUUCCAAGAACUUCUCUACCAUUCCUCAAUGUUUGGAGUUCAGGACACUUUAGGAAGAGGAGGAUCUUUACUUAGAGACAAAGCUUUAACUGCUGGGAUGGAUUCAGUAAGAUCUUGGGUGAGAAAUGUUGGAGUUGUGGAUUCCAAAGUGGCAGCUCAGAGUGGGGUAGCAGUGUCCAGGGCUCACUUUGAGAAGCAGCCUCCUUCCAACCUAAGGAAAUCCAACUUCUUUCACUUUGUUCUGGCUCUGUAUGACCGGCAGGGACAACCUGUGGAGAUUGAGCGAACUACCUUUGUGGACUUUGUGGAGAAUGACAAGGAAAUGGGCAACGAAAAAACGAAUAAUGGCACUCACUACAGACUGCAGCUCUUGUACAGCAAUGGUGUGAGGACAGAACAAGACCUAUUUGUUCGGCUUAUUGACUCGGUGACCAAACAGCCUAUAGCAUAUGAAGGACAGAAUAAAAACCCAGAGAUGUGUAGGGUACUUCUUACACACGAGAUCAUGUGCAGUCGCUGCUGUGAAAAGAAGAGCUGUGGUAAUCGGAAUGAGACUCCCUCUGACCCAGUUAUUAUUGACAGAUUCUUCCUCAAAUUCUUUCUCAAGUGCAACCAAAACUGCCUGAAGACUGCAGGGAACCCACGGGACAUGAGGAGGUUCCAGGUUGUUCUCUCUACAACGGUGAAUGUAGAUGGACAUGUCUUGGCCGUGUCUGAUAACAUGUUUGUUCACAAUAACUCCAAACAUGGAAGGAGAGCGAGACGGCUAGAUCCCACGGAAGGUACGGACGCUAGUCUGGAGUACGCCACACCUUGCAUUAAAGCAAUCAGUCCCAGUGAGGGUUGGACUACUGGAGGGGCCAUGGUCAUUAUCAUAGGAGACAACUUUUUUGACGGUCUGCAGGUGGUUUUUGGAACAAUGUUGGUUUGGAGUGAGCUCAUUACCCCUCAUGCUAUCCGCGUACAGACACCUCCAAGACACAUUCCCGGAGUUGUGGAAGUUACACUAUCAUAUAAAUCCAAACAGUUCUGUAAAGGAGCCCCAGGGAGAUUUAUUUAUACAGCUUUAAAUGAACCCACUAUAGAUUAUGGCUUCCAACGGUUACAGAAAGUAGUUCCAAGACAUCCUGGAGACCCUGAGAGGCUGGCAAAGGAAAUGUUAUUGAAGAGAGCAGCUGAUCUGGUGGAGGCAUUGUAUGGAACACCACACAAUAAUCAGGACAUUAUUUUGAAAAGGGCAGCUGAUAUUGCUGAGGCAUUAUACAGCGUCCCUCGGAAUCACAGCCAGAUCCCAACAUUGUCCAGCUCACCUGCACACAGUGGCAUGAUGGGGAUAAAUUCAUACGGGGGACAACUAGGAGUCAGCAUCUCAGAAUCACAAGCCAACAACCAGGGUUACAUCCGGAACACAAGCAGUAUCUCCCCACGCGGAUACUCCACCAGCUCCACCCCACAACAGUCUAACUACAGCACUCCCAGCAACAGCAUGAAUGGUUAUAGCAACGUCCCCAUGUCCAACCUAGGGGUGCCCGGGUCCCCUGGAUUCAUCAACGGCUCCCCUACCACCUCCCCCUACGGCAUCAUGCCCUCCAGCCCGCCUGUGGGCUCCUCCGGAAGUUCAUCUAUCCUGCCUUUCUCCUCCUCCGUAUUCCCCUCCAUCAAACAGAAGAGUGCCUUUGCCCCCGUCAUCCGACCGCAGGGAUCCCCAUCUCCAGCCUGCUCCAGCAGCAAUUCUAACAGUUUCCGAGCAAUGACUGGUCUAGUCGUGCCCCCCAUGUGAAAAGCAUUGGACUAUUUAAUGUCUCACGGAGGUGGAGGAGAAGCUUGAAGAUGUUCGCGUGUUCCUGCGAGGGUCAACAUUUAGUCUGGAAUUACAAGUGAUGGAAGCUUUUUAAUGCACAUCUCUUGGUGGACCAUGACGAUCCAUGACAUGGAGACGUGACCUGUUGGGAAAACAGUGACACAUGGCUUUGCAUCUCUUAUGCCUGUUUGGCAGGUGACAAACUAAAAUGAGACUUCUGUACAGAGCUUGGAAUUCAGCAGACAAUUCCAUGGAAUAUUUUGGAUAUUUUUUCUUCUUUCUUGGAAAAAAAAAAAAAAAAAAGAAAAACAGUUUCUAUUUUCAAACAAACUUUUCUGAUACCAGUUGUACGUUUGAGAAGAAAAAUGUUUUACAAAGGAACUGAACAGGGUAUCAGCAAGGAAGAUUCAGUGGUUAUUAUCUUUAAUGGUAAUCUUCUUCCUUUGCUGUGUUUGUCUGCUUAAACACUUACAUUUUUUUUAAAUUUUAAUAUGUUUUACAUUAUUUAAUUAAUUAAACCUGUAACUUAUUGUAUUUAGUGAUAGGAACAAAUAAAGAAAAAAAAAAAGGUCAGAGACACAGUCUCAUACAUAAUAUAAAGAAAUUGGUUUCGAAAUAUCCUCUGUUUUUGUGAGGCUCUUAUACGGUUGCAUGUAUCUACGCAUUAAUCUAUUCCAUACCAAAGGACUCUUUUAAUGACAUAUUUUUCCCAUAAUACAGGCUUCCCUUACUCAACCAAGAGACAUCUUCAUCGUUUAAUCGGAUUUUUAUUAGGCUUAAUCUAAUCUCCUAUCACUGAAAUAUCAGCUAUGUAAUUUUAUCCAGCAUCUUACAAAUUGCUUCUGUAUGUAAAAUAAUUUAUUAUUAUAGAGGCCUACGGUGUGCGCUAAAAUAGUGGAUUGUGUCAGGAACCAUAUUGCAAAAGAUCUGUUGGAGAAAAUUAGAACAUACAUUAAUUACUAAGGGGUCGAUCAAAAUCCCUUAGUAUAGCUUAACAAAUCAUUUAUCUACAAAAACACCUAUAGACUUUAAAGGGACACAAAACCUAAACAUUUUCUUUCAUGAUUCAGGAAUAUCGUUCAUUUUGAAACAACUUUCCAAUUUACUUCUAUAAUUUAAUUUGCUUCAUUCUCUUGGUAUGCUUUGGUGAAGAAGCAGUAAUGCACUACUGGGAGCUAGCUUGAAGCCAAUGACAAGAGACAUAUAUGUACUGCCACCAAUCAGCAGCUUCUGAGCCUACCUAGAUAUACUUUUCAACAAAGGCUACAAAGAGUACAAAACAAAUUGGAUAAUAUAAAUAAAUUGGAAAGUUAUUUAAAAUUGCAUGCUCUAUCUGAAUCAUGAAAAAAAUGUGGGUUUCAUAACCUUUUAAUGGAGAAUUUCAUAGAAAUAUCAUAAUAUAAAACUUUCUAAAGUAUUGUGAUCAACCCCUAUGUUAGAAUAAGGAUGCUCUAAAAGUGAUUAUAGAGGAGGGAGUUGUAAACAAUCUACCUAAUUUAUCUUCUUUCAUUUGCCUAUUUUUGUUAAAAAUAUUGAAUUCCAAAUACCCUCCUUCCAGGUUUCAUUGUCUUACUGGUACAUCAAAAGGCAACCAUGUAUGUUAACAUACAUUUUCCAUUAGUCCAUGGUCUUUACACAUCAGUAGAGUUGGGUCUGUUAUAAAUUUGUGUCAAAAAAUGUCCUAUACACUAGAAAAAAACCCCAUAUAUUUAUAGCUAAACAAAAAAUAUAUACAUUCCUCUUUCCAACCCAUGUAUUUUGUUAGAAAUUAUGUUGUUUGUAAGUUUGUAAAAUUAAGUUAAGUAUAAAAGUGUCCUUGGUUUCCAGUUUUUUUUUAGUUAUUCUGAAUACAAGUUCAGAAAUAACCAAUUCAACCACAGAAAAUGUAUUGCAAAAACAUACACAUACACAAAAAAAAACCUUUAUUCACCGGAGAACCAAGUAACAUACAUUUAGUCGGGAGAUCACGCUGGAUUUAAUAACACUGCCUGUGUCAAUAAUUAAUAAUCUAAUGGCAAGAGGCUACCUUUAUUUCUGCAAAUCAGCUUAUACUAAAAUAAUUUCUUAAAAAAUUAUGAACCAUAUGUGUACUAUAUAGACAGACAAGGUGUAAUAUGACCAUAUUAUAGUAAAAUAUCAAUUAGUAGUAUUGCAGUUUCCAUGUUAAGACUGAUUGGUGCAUUUCAGAAUGGAUGAGGAUGAAGUUUAGAUUUCUAGUUGAGUACAGAGUAGGUAAAAGAGGAAUGGUAAUCUUCUAGACAAGUGAGACAUUUGUGGUCUUCUCCCACUCAUUUGCCAUGGUUGAUAAAUCUUGAAUCUCCAAAACAAAUAAUGAGACAUAUAUGAUAUAUGAUAUACAUUUUGCUUCCCUCAAAUUUUUGGGACACAUCUUACAUCUCACAUACGUAUAUGACAAAAACAUCUAGCACCUUUCACAAUUCAGGAAUAAGACAUACUUAACAUUUCUCAAAUAUAUAUACUACAGAGAUGUAUGAGGCGAAUCAUGCAUGUGGCAAACAAAUCCGACCUAACGUAUUUUAGCUUAAGACACACAUAGCAUCUCUUAAAUAUAUUAGACUCGUCUAACUGCUAUCAAAAAACAUACAAUCCAUUUAAACAUAUUAUAUAUUCAAUCCGGCUUUAAUAUAUAAGAUACAUCUAGAUUCUCUCAAACACAAUACAUAUCUAAAUAUCUAACAUGUAUAAAUGAUAAGACACAUCUAAUUUCUUUCAAACAUAUAAAACUUUAUUAACAUCCAUUUAACAUAUGAAACAUAACCAACAUCUCACAAAUGCAAACUUCCUACUCAACAACCUACUAACUUAAUCCAUUCUUGUAAUUUCCAUCAAAGUCUACUCAAAACACUAGCAAGUAAACUAUUUAAACAUCUAACUUAAGUUAGAAUUGAUCUGAAAUUUGAAUCAUGUGUCUAUUUUGGACAUAUUUAUAUAUUUAUUUAUUUUAAUGAGAAUAAAGUUUGCUUGCAAUAAAACAUGUUGUCAAAGACUACAGAAUAUUUUACAAUACUGUAAAGUCUUAGUGAUACCUGAUGGUGGUAUGAAAAAAAUGUUCUUUUGUAUUGGUACCAUCAAAACAUUUAUGUUUUUGUAACAAAUGCUUUUUUUUAGGUCAUUUUAAAAGGGCCUUUAAAAUUGAAAGUAUGGUGGCUAUACAAAUUCUACUAAGCUUUAGCCUUUUUUUAACAUGCAGCAUGAAAACACCCAAUAAUGAUCUCUGAAUUAACAUAGGCAAUGAUUCAUGGUUAUAGUCCAUGAGCUGUGAAUAGAGUGUACAUAUCAGUCAGCACCUGUAAGGUCUCAGCAUACUAUUGGCUAUUUAUUCCCUUUCAAACAUAGCCUAGAUAUUUGUACAAUUUGCACAUAGUACAUGGGCACUUUUUGUUCUUCCAUAUUUAUAAGUGCAAUAAGGCAUCAGAUUUUGUAUUGGCUAGGAGACUAGAAUGUUAUGUUACCCUUGUAUAUUACAGGUGAAAUAACAAAUAAGAUAAUAUUUAGAAAAAUACAAAUGCAGACAAGAAAAUACAAAACAUGGUACCCGAUAUUGAAUAUUUGAAGAAGAUAAUAACGACUGCCUCAUAAACGUUUAUAGGCUCUCAUGCAUUUCGCUACCCCAAUGCAAUUAGUUUAUACAUUAUGCUGUUGUUGAUGUUUUUAAAUUAUAUUAAGGGUGUUUAUUUCUUUUUUUUAUGUUCGGGUUAUAUUAAAGAAAACUCUGACAUAGACUCUCCAAAGAUCCAUUUCCUUUUCGCUGACAGUAAACUUUGUUGUACCUUGAAUAUAUACCUGGAGUUUUAAGGUGAAAAAAAGUUAACAUUUUGUUUGCUUUUUUUAAGUUCUAGCAAUGUAAUAUUUAGGCACAUCAAAGAAAUAUUAGUUGGUUAUACAAAUAUGUCUGAAUUGGUUUUAAAUUAUCCAUAAAAAAUAAACUCUCUUUUGUGCUAUACAA